GGGCACCCGCGUACUUCUCCAUCCGACAUUGUGUUUUUGGUAUUCCCCUGGGCCAUCGUUUAUAAUACCACCCGCUAUCCUUAGAGCACUACCUAUUACCGUGUAUCUAUCUAUUUCGGCGGGCAUGGCUUCGCGCUGCCCUGCCUUGACUCCUCUAUACUGCUUGACUCCUCCGCCCUGGGUGUCUUGACUUCUCCAUGUGCUUCCCUCGUCGCCCUGGUGUUCUCGCCACCCACUCCGAUGUCCUUCGACGCUCCCGGCCCCAAUGUCCGCGUCGCUCGAUCCCGCCGUCGUUGCGCAUACGGGAUCAGACUCGCAACCGUAACCGCGCCCUGCACGCGAACCGUAUGUAUUCUGCACGCGUCUCGUUAUGCCGCCGCGUGAUAUCCCCAUCCGCCCACGCGUACCUUAUUCCCGGUGCGCUUCCUGCUUCUCACCAAACUCAGCGGCACCGGAAGGCGCGCCUGGCUCUCCGGGAAGACGCGUCUGACUCUUGGGAAGGCGCCUGUGACUCACAGGUGGUACGGAUUCGCAGCCACGUCGCGUCCCGAGGGGGCCGGGGACAAUGCAGGCGCGCGCCUGCAGGAAGCCUCCGCAGUCACCCCUGUUCCUCGCCCGCCGCCGCUUCCCGCUGCGUGGCUGUUGGCGCCGCCCCUCAUCCGCCUCCCUCGUGGGCUCUGCUGGCCGCCGCCGCCUCUUCCGCUGAGGCGUCGUUCCUGUCCGCGCCCGCGAUGGUCAUGGAUGUUCCUCUUCCAUUGCCCUCGCCCCACGCCUUGCAUUGUCUCUACCUACGCGAGGCGACCCCGGAAUGGUAGAGCCUUGUGCGUUCGGAAUGGGAAGACUUGAUGGAGGGUCCUGUGCACUGCGUUGGAAGGGG